UUGAGCAAACAAUUAAGCAUACUUCUUUCCCUUUUUCCUUCUAUUGUUUUCUUCAUCUCUAUCAUGGCUGAAGCAAUUGUUUCCAGGGUGCUGGAAGAGUUGAGUUCAGUAUUAAAGGAGGAGGUGAGUCGCAUUAUCAAUGUUUGUGGUGAUCUGGAAAAGCUCGCCAGCAAUUUUCAAGCCAUCAAAGCUGUUUUGGAGGAUGCGGAGCGGCAGCAACUGGAGAAGGGAAAGGCCAGUGUUCGAGAUUGGUUAAACAAGCUCAAGGAAGUCUCAUAUGACAUUGAAAAUGUGCUGGAUGAGUGGAGCACUGCAAUUUUCAAGUCAAAACUUGAGAAGAAGAAGGUAUGCUCUUUCAUCCCCUCUCCUUCAUUCUGUUUCAACAGAGGGAAAUUGCUUCUUAAAACUGCGCACAAGAUAUCAAAGUUGAAUGGGAGGUUGGAUGUUAUAGCAAAUGAGAGAGAAAGGUAUGGUCUUAAGGAGUUAAGUGUUGAAAAACCAAUUAGACGAGAGCAAACUACUUCCCUCGUAAAUUUAGCAGAGGUGUGUGGUAGAGUUAAGGAUAAGGAGAGGAUUGUAGAUAUAUUGUUGAAUGAGGGUGGAAUUUACGUGAUCCCUAUAGUAGGUGUUGGGGGGAUUGGUAAAACUACUCUUGCCAAAGUAGCCUUCAAUAAUGAGAAAGUAGAAUCUCAUUUUGAGAAAAGGAUAUGGGUGUGUGUCUCUGAUCCUUUUGAUGUGAUGAGGAUUGCCAAAGCAAUUCUUACAUCUCUUGGUAAGGAGGAUGCUGUGCAAAAGUUGGUUGAAUUAGAAGAUGUAUUAAAACUCCUUAGAGACUCAAUCAAGGAUAAGAAAUUCCUACUUGUCCUAGAUGAUGUGUGGUCUGAACAAUAUGAAAGGUGGGGUCUAUUGAGAGACUCGUUGAGUUCUGGCUCAGUAGGAAGCAAAAUCUUAGUGACCACACGUAAGGAGACUGUAGCAAGAACAAUGGGUUGCACUACCUUGUUCCCAGUGGAGCAGUUGUCUGAAGAAGAAAGUUGGUUAUUGUUUUGUCAAAUAGCAUUUUUGGGGAGAUCCAAUGAAGAUCAUGAAAAUUUGAGAGAAAUUGAAUGGCAGAGUGUCUUAGACAGUGAAAUAUGGGAACUUGAAGUGGCUGAGGAAGUCUUUCCAAAAGAUCAUGUGAUAGAAAAAGAUAAGUUAAUUGGGUUAUGGAUGGCACAAGGUUUGCUUAAGGGGACCCAACAUCGAGACAUGGAGAUGGUAGGGGAAGACUACUUCAAUGACUUGUCAAUGCGUUCUUUUUUUCAAGAUUUUGAAAAGGAUGCAAUUGCUGGCAUUAUCAGGUGCAAAAUGCAUGACAUUGUACAUGAUUUUGCUCAAUUUUUGACAAGAGGUGAGUGUUUGAUAAUGGAAGCGGGAAGCAGUAGUAGCAUUGAAGGUUUCAAUGAAAGUGCUCGUCAUGUGACAUUGAUGAUUCCAAAUUCUAGUGAUGGAUGUGCUACUCGUAUUUAUGAUGCUAGAAACUUGUACAGUUUACUAGUUGAUUCUGAUGGAGUUGGUGAACAUGAUGUAGAUUUACUGAAGUUGUUUGAGAAGCAGAAAUUCCUGAGAAUAUUGAAGUCUCAAUCUGCAAGAAUUAACAUUAGUGGAUGUGGGCAGCUUAGAAGUUUGCCUUGUAGAAUGGGAAAUCUAAUAAAUCUGCGGCAUCUUCGGAAUGUGUGGACAGAUUGUGUGGAAUUCAUGCCUAAAGGAAUGGAGAAAUUGACUUGUUUGCGAACAUUAAGUUCUUUCGUGGUGGACAGUGGUGGUAAAGGAGCUGCUCUUAGUGAAUUGGGAAACUUGAUUCACCUUCGAAGGAAGCUUGGGAUAAGAGGAUUGAGAAAUGUCAGAGAUGAGAGAGAGGCUGAGAAGGCACAGUUACGAAAUAAGAAAGGGCUCACUACUUUGGUUCUAACUAUUGGUUUGACUUACCAUGAUAAAAGGGGAGUUUCUGAAGCAUCUGUUCUUGUUCUUGAAGCCUUAGAGCCGCCUUUAGGCUUGGAAAGUUUACAAAUAUGGGCCUACAAAUGCCCAACCCCAACCUUAGGGGUUUGGCCCAGUUGGAUAGUGUCUCUAACCAACCUGAAGUUCUUUGGGCUCGGUAAUUGUGUCGACGUUGAACGGUUGCCUCCCUUAUGGAAAUUGCCAUCACUGGAAUCGCUCUGUGUGUCGAAAAUUGGAGGAGUGAAAAAGGUAGGAGUUGAAUUCUUGGGAAUAGAAACGUCAUCUUUGUCUCCAUCUUCUUCUUCAUCAUCUGUUGUUGCCUUCCCCAAUUUAAACUCACUGCAAUUUUGGGAUAUGGAGGAGUGGGAAGAGUGGGAUUAUGGAAGCAGAGGAGAAGAGGAUAUCAAAAUCAUGCCACGUCUUUCUUCCUUGGUGAUUGAGAGCUGUGAGAAGUUAAAGAUGUUGCCGGAUUCUAUUCUCCAAAGUACUACCCUCCAGAAUUUGGAAAUUUCUGGAUCUCCAGUUGUUUCAAGUCGCUGCAAAGGGGAAUACCAGCCCCAUAUCUCUCGCAUCCCUAAAGCGGACAUCUGGUGAAAACCUCAAGUCUGUACAAGAGCAAGAAGUCCCCUUCUAAGUGUGUAUGCUGACAUGUCUGUGACAUGUAAGAUAAACAUUGUCAUUGAUGGCUAUCUAUUUUGUUGUUCAACCUCAACUUAUGUUUCUUUAAGCCAAAUGGUUGCUGAUGUUUCUCUGCAUGAUGGAUGUUUGCAACUCCUUGUGUAUGAUUAUUGAUUAGCCCAAAAUGGUUUUUUGUGAUGUUCAAUUAUUAAUAGAGCACUAUGCAGUUA